UUCUUCUUCGACGAGACUGGCCUGCGCGAUUCUUCGUACCCGUAACUUUAACAAAUUCCUAUGAAAAUUCCGUUAAAUAACUCUUUUUUCAACGCGUUCUAUUUAAUAAUACUCUCUUCAUUUUCCUAUGUCGUUUAAAGAAAUUUUUCCGCGUAUACAUCUACUGACAUCUUUCAUAUAUUUCGAUAUAUUUCGAUAUAUUUGUUUAAUUCUUUUUCUAGCUGAGAAUACCUGGAGGAAACGCGACAAAUUUUCAUCAUUCUAAACGCAUUCUGAAAGUACAUUCUACGUAUUUACUAAAUAUGUAGGACGUAUAAAAGAAUUCUAUAUUAGCGACGUGAAACAAUCGGUAGAGAUACAAACGAGAUUACGAAAUAUGUUGAUCGCUUUCUACCGCUCAUGUUACACUUUUUCCGAAAUAAUAAUUAUUAUACAAUUUUUUUUCCCGUUGGACAUUUCAUUUGCGAACUAUUUACUAAUUUUCGUACAUUACCAACAAAUCUUCGGAAACCUGAAUUGCCAACGUCCUCUAGCGAUGAGAUUCGGAACAACGACUAAUGGUUUAUUGUUCAGCUAGUCUGCGAUAGGACUUUCACGCAAACUAAAAAUCUAUGGAUUCGUUAUAAUGAUUGUUCAUAAAUUUUCAUUUUGUUUCUCCUUUUGCGUAAUCGUGGUAUAAAUUUUCAUUCGAGUAAUUCGUCUUUUUCUGUAUAAACGAUUUCCUCUAUGUAAAGACUUCUCAGACUAGUGCGUUCGACGUAUUCUGCUCAAUUUCCUUUUUAACAGAUAGAAAUAAUGUUGUCACUGGAACGUAUACCGGAUCAAGUUGGACAUUUGAUUUUAACGGAGGACGGAGCUGUGUUGACGUCUGGAGGUGAACUGGAAAAUGAUGAAAGAAUCGCAAACAUUAUCGUAGGUUUAGUCACUUUGACUAAUAAAAUUGAUCCUAAAGCGUUUCCUAACAAUGAAAUUUUUGAUAAAAUAUCCAUAACAUACCCGGAUCAUUGUUACGUUAUCUGUCUUUCCAAUAAAAAGAUACACGUAGUGAAGAAAAAACUAAUUUCUUCCACUACUGCGAUUAUAGAACCGCAACCUUUAGUCGAUUUUUAUGAAUUAUCACGAUAGUGCUACAGAUCAAAAUAAAUACUUUCCAGCAGGGAUGAAAAUUCGCUACUGGGACACCGAGUAACGUGAACAAAUACAACAGUAACCAUUUCUAAUAAUUAUAAUUAUAAUUAUACUGAACUCUACUUAUCACGUUACUAAUUAAUCUUACAUUUUUACGUAUAAAUAUUAUAUACAUCGUAUGUAAUAAAUAAAAAAAUUAUUUACUAUA